AUGCCACAUCGACGCCUCAAGGACGUCGGCGUUGACAACCUGGAAUGUCAUUGCAAAAAACUUACAGAGGUUGCUGUGUCCGAACCAGCUGCUGAAGGCUGUGCUGCUGAAGCCACCCUUUGGCUGGCACGGGGGUUUUCGGAUUUCGCAGGGCCUACCUGGAUCGCGUUCCAUGUGGGGGACAGCUGUGUGGUUGAACGCUGUACUGGGCACCCCUGUGCAGAGCCCAAAACCAGGACAGGGGAACCUGGAAAGCCCUGGCCAUCGGCGAGACCUGAACGAUCGGAUCGGCAAGUUUUUGUGCCAAGGGAAUUGUGUCAGGAUGGGACACUCACGAUUUUGACAGAAUUGGCAACUCUGACGCUUAAGGAUGGCAGUGUUCCCCCAGAGAUCGCUGAGUUGGAGUUCAUCCGCUUGUUUGGGCCGCAGAGACUUCAGCAUCAAGUCUUUCAUUCCUUGCACAUGGAGUGUUCCGCUGACGUGCACCGGGUCGUGGCCAAAGUUUGCUUUACCGGGUCGGAUUGCGAUGAGUUGAGCAAAUAUUCUCUACCACGCUGUCACGUCUCUUUGGGACUUCCCUAUGAUUUUGGCGACUCCAAUUUCUUGUACGCGCCGUCCUGUGAACGUACCGGACAGUUCUACUGUCCUCCAGGAGUGCCGGUGGCUUUGCAGUUGACCCUGAAAGCGGGCAGUCGUUCAGCCACUGUUUGGGCAGCCAUGCUCGAAGGCCUAAUGCCUGGCGUGGUGUCGGCACGGCGGACAUUGGCGGUUUCACUGAGCGAUUCCGAUGACGCUGGGGGCAGCAAAGUCGGACGAUUUGCACGGGAGUGGUUGGAGCAUGACGAGAUGCGCUUGGGAUGCCCUGGAGAGUUGGCCUUCUUCUCCAUCUCGAGGGGUGUGCACAUGCUGAAUGAGGGCCGCGUGGGCUUGCCAAUGGCGUUAUGCCCAAGCUGUUGCAAAACUGCGGCGGGCCGGCUACGUGUGGUUUUCAUACGUGAUCCGGUUGCGAGGAUGUCCAGCUUCUAUCAUGGCUAUUGGUUUCCCAACAAGGGGCACCUCUUGCCAGGACAAGACCGGCUGGAAAAGCACGCACUUUUUGAAACCUGGGUGGAGUUGAUUCUAAAUGGAUCCUCGGCCAUGUUUGAAGCCAGUGAUCUGGACCACGUCCGUCCCGCACUGCACCGCUGGCUGGGGGAUGGGAACGUGGUCUUCUGUUUAGAGGACGUCGAGAAAUCUCUGCAACGUGUUGAAAACGCACUUUGCAGAGGCUACGGCCAUUGCACACCUCUCCCACGAUUCCCAGCGGUGAAGUUCUACAAGAAGCCCAAAAGCGAGUCGCUUCAAAGUCUGUCAAGCGAAGUCGCAGAGCUUGUGAGGCUUCGCUUUCGUUUCGAUUAUGAAGCUUUGUCAACGUGUCAGUAA